AAACUACACUUCCCAGAAUGCCAGACGCUCCUCAUCUCGCCGCCUGGGUUGGCUCGGAGCCCGCGCGUGCGCAGUGUGUGAAGCCGGGCAGGCACCUGACCGGAAGUGUGUGGGGUUGUUUCAGCACAACAAGGCCUUGGAAAGGUGCUGGUGCAGCUCCUUUUUGAGAGGCGUUAUGGCUAUCUUGUUUGCAGUGGUUGCAAGAGGAACUACAAUACUUGCAAAAAAUGCCUUUUGUGUAGGAAACUUUUUGGAAGUGACUGAGCAGAUUCUAGCAAAAAUCCCAUCUGAAAAUAACAAAUUGACCUACUCCCAUGGAAAUUAUCUAUUUCAUUACAUUUGCCAAGAUAGAAUAAUAUACCUGUGUAUCACUGAUGAUGAUUUUGAACGUUCAAGAGCAUUUACCUUUCUAAAUGAAAUAAAGAAACGAUUUCAAACCACGUAUGGUUCCAGGGCACAAACUGCUUUGCCUUAUGCCAUGAACAGUGAAUUCUCCGGUGUGUUGGCGGCACAAAUGAAACACCUAUCAGAAAACAAGAACUCUGAUCGCAUUUCGGAGACUCAAACACAAGUAGACGAGUUGAAAGGCAUCAUGGUCCGAAAUAUUGAUUUGGUGGCACAAAGAGGUGAAAAAUUAGAGCUGCUGAUUGACAAAACUGAUAAUUUAGUGGAUUCUUCUGUCACAUUUAAAACCACCAGCAGAAACCUAGCCAGAGCAAUGUGCAUGAAAAACCUCAAGUUGACCAUUGUUAUUGCUAUUGUAGCAAUUGUUGUCAUUUACAUCAUUGUGUCGGCAGCAUGUGGCGGUCUCUCGUGGCCAACCUGCAUAAAGAAAUAGGAACCAAAGUCGUAUUAAACGGAGGGAAAAUCUGGGAAAAAAAAAAACAGAUUUUAGCCACUGCAUGAGGAUUUCAUUA